UCUUCCAUGCUCCACUCUCUCGUUCGUGUAACUCGGACAGUGAGCCAAGCGUCUUCCGUCAGUCUUGCCCACCCAAGCAGAAAACUCCUGCAGUCACGUGUCCUUCCAGUAGCACCAUCCAGUGAGAGCUGCAGCCUUACCCCAGGAAGAAGCCAGGGACGUCCAGGGACAGGGAUGGGAACAGGUUGUUGCCUUCUUGGCGAUGAUGGUGGGAGCCCACACCGUGAGCUUGCGGAUCCGGAGGGACUGCAGCCAUUGGCCCAGCUGCUGCCCCAGCAGAGGGCAAGUAUUCCCUGAGGAGCGGCUGAAGUGGGAAACUGUGUCUGUGCCUCCCCCAGAGCUGCUGAGCCGCACCCACCCCCCAGUAUCCUGCAGGGCCAGCAAGGACGGCCCCCUUCACCGCAGGUCCAUCUCUCCCUGGAGCUAUGAGCUGGACAGGGACUUGAACCGGGUCCCCCAGGAUCUGUACCACGCCCGAUGCCUGUGCCCACACUGCGUCAGCCUACAGACGGGCUCCCACAUGGACCCACUGGGCAACUCAGUACCGCUGUACCACAACCAGACCGUCUUCUACCGGCGGCCGUGCCAUGGCGAGCAUGGUUCCCGUCACGGCUACUGUUUGGAGAGCAGGCUCUACCAAGUCUCCUUGGCUUGUGUGUGCGUGCGGCCCCGAGUCAUGGCCUAGUCGUGCUUGCCACCUGUCUGAGGCUGGUCCCUUGUUGGGAAACAGGGCCAGGAGUACGGUCACCUCGCGGCAGUGGGCCAGGGUACCUAAAUGCCCAAGCCCUCCAAAGCCCUUAUGUGAAGCACCAGGAUUGGGGACAAGAUGGAGGACUUGGGGAGAAACUGUGACUUUUGCACUUUUUGAAAGCACUUUUAGGAAGGGGAAGUUUCAGCUUGCGCUGCUGGAAGAUGCUGUCACGGCAUUUUCUCUCGGGAACUGUCUCCAGAGGCUUGCCAAGCCCUGGAAGCCAUACUCCCGGCGCCUCCUUUCCUCGGGAUCCCCCUGUUCAGCACAGGCACUUUCUCCAUAGUUCCCCAUUUGCCCUUUUGUUUGUGAAUACCAACUCUGCAUGCAGCUAGUGUGAUUACGUUGACAUGGUUAACUCUGAGGAGAAAGCUGUUAUUGAACGUGGAGAGAUUUAUCCAAA